AUGAUGAACCCGAUGCUACAGCAAUUUCAGGUCUCUGGAAAUGGCAUCAAUGUUGAUGCUGCUCGUGACCCGAAUGGCACCUCCAGCCUGUUGACAACUAUUGAUGGCCCAGCAGAGCCCCGACGAAACCAGGCCUGCGACGUGUGCCGGAGGAUGAAAAUCAAAUGUGACAGGACGUACCCCUGUAGCCAUUGCCGUGACUCUUUCAAUGAUUGUGUAUUCUCACACCCACGGCGCAGGAAGAGGAGCCCGGUUCAGCCUGACCGGAUAGAACAUCUUGAGAAGCGGUUGAAGGCAGUCGAAGAGUCGUGUCAACAGCGAGCUGCGCUGACGACCGUAACGCCCCCCAUCGGAUCUACAGAUAUCGUGCAUUCUACCCAAGGUAAUCUCAAUGACAAUCCUGUUUCAGGCACCAGUGGUCGUGUUCCCGACGUCAGACUCCCCUCGGCUCUUGAAAACCAAGGCGAGGCACGCUUUUUGCACUCUGCGGCGCACAUGGACUUUGUAAGGCGCUUAAAAGAUGAGCUAGGGAACUGGCCUGGAGCAGAUGCCGAAAACCGAGUGCGAGCAAGGGAUGUGCCAGCACCGAAGUUUUUCCCAUUGUCAAAUGGCCCGGGCCAGGCCAUAUCGCUGCCAUCGCGAGACAGAGCCCGCUAUUUAGUCGAUCUCGCUUUCGAUGCGCACUUCUUACACAAUUUCGUACACCGUCCGACUUUCCAUUCCGCUUUUGCCCUACUAUUUACCUUGAACGUCAAGGACUAUGCUACCGAGGAAUAUCGAUAUCUUGCACUGUUAUUUUCCCUUAUGGCUUUGGGAUGUCUGUUUGAAAUGGAUGAGGAGGGAUCUCGGGAAACAUUCAUCUUGGAAGGAACUCAAUAUUUUGAAACCUGCCGCAGCUUGGCUGAUCUGCAAGGCUGCAACGACUUGGUCACUCUCCAGGCCAUUCUCUACAUGAAUAUAUUUCUACUAUACACUGCCCGAGUAAGCUCAAGCUUCUCAGCUCUCUCGUACACGUUUUCCCUGGCGCUACGGAUGAAAUAUCAUCAAGUCACUGAGACGGAUGAUGCAUUUACGCGGGAAGAAAAAAAGCACAUUUUCUGGACGACACGUCACCUUCUGGCAUGUGUCUCCAUUACGGGUGGGCUGCCUAUGCCCAUGGGGUGCGACGAUCUUGAUCUUGAGUACCCGAGUGUAUCGUGCGACAGUAUAAUGCGUGCCAUGGAGGCGCGUGCCGACAGGCCACAUACCGGGGUGCAAUGGAACCCAACCAUUGCCAGCGUCGCAUGUUUCCGACUCCAUAACGUCCUCGGCCAUAUAACUAAGCGACUAUACCCAUUAAAAGGCGUCAAGAAAACGCACAGCCAGGGGCCGUUGCGCCAUCUAGUCAGUAAAGAGACUGUCCGCGAACUAGAAAGCGAGCUGCGGUCCUGGCUGGCCUCACUUCCUGCAAGCCUACGACUCGGUCAGGAGAAGCAUCCACUGCACAUCGAACGUGCACAAUACGAGCUAUGCAUGUCAUACGCACAUGCUCAGAUUUAUUUGUACCGACCUUUCCUGCAUUACCUUGGUACUUAUUCGACCGACGAGGUCGGACCGACGGAUGGCUUCCCUGCGUAUGCUUCCGCCUGUGUAGAUGCCAGUCGCAACAUCAUUCGCCUUGCACAGGAUAUGUAUCACAAAGGGCUUUUUCGCGGAGUACACUGGGAUAUUUCGAAUAUGAUCCUGGCCGCCUCCUUGACUAUGCUUUAUAUAGUCUUGGCGAGGAAGGGUUCCUCAGUCGAGGAAAUGGCUCUAGCAGAGCUGCGCACUGCCCGGGAUCUCAUGACUCUUUUGGAGCCAUAUUCAACGCUCGCGAAGAGGACAAGCUUUGCGGUAAAGCUUUUGACAACAACAAUUUUGCCUGCUGGAACAAGCGAUCUGUCUCUACAGAAUGUUUUGCCUGGUCCGUCCCCAAGCGUGUCUGACUCAUAUACCACCGCUCUGGCUGAGAAAACGUUUGGCCAUGUAUCAAGGACCAUUGUAUCGGAUUACCAGGAAAUAUCACCAGCUGGGAGACAAAGUAACACGGUGCCAGUUCCGGCAGCGACUGAAAUACAGUCAGCAAAUAGCCUUCCGCAGGGACCUCUUCAAACUGCUGGAAGCAUAAGUCAAGGCCUUCCGGUGCUUACUGCAGCUCAACGGUCAAGUACCUCUACGCCUUUUCCGAUACCAUCGGGUAUGGACAAUACGCCGUUUGUUAGCAGUGGGAUCAUGGAACCCAGUCCCCUACAUUCCACAUACGUACAAGAUUACGGGAUUAGCGGGGACGACUAUGGACAUAUGAUUGACGGUACUGGGCCAAUCGACUUUAGUGAUAUGAUCGGCGACCUGUUCACUUCAGAGGGGUUGCUAUAA